AGCUCGCGGACGAAGAACAAGGCAGCGCUGGAAACCACGCUAGGGCUUUCCGUGUGGGCCGCGCCUGCCGGCCCUCUCUGUUGUCCCACUUGGCACCGACUGGGCUACCGCCCACAGCUUGACUUCCGCCACCAGCGACCAAGGGAACCAGAUCCCAAGGGAACCAGCACUCCUGGGCGCUCGCGGCCCGAAGCCUGAGGUUCCCUCCCGGCCCCGGCAGGGCGGCCCCGCCUACACCCGUUGCGGUCCCGCCCCCCGCGACCGUCCCGCCUCCCUCGGGUCCCAGCGCCGCCGGCGGACGACAGUAGCAUGGAGGGCGGCUUGGGGCGUGCUGUGUGCGUGCUGACUGGGGCCUCCCGCGGCUUCGGCCGGACGCUGGCCCCGCUCCUGGCCUCGCUGCUGUCGCCCGGCUCCGUGCUGGUCCUUAACGCCCGCAACAACGAGGCACUGCGGCAGCUGGAGGCCGAGCUGGGCGCCGAGCGGUCUGGCCUGCGCGUGGUGCGGGUGCCCGCCGACCUGGGCGCCGAGGCCGGCUUGCAGCAGCUGCUCGGAGCCCUGCGCGAGCUGCCCAGGCCCGAGGGGCUGCAGCGACUGCUGCUCAUCAACAACGCGGGCUCUCUUGGGGAUGUGUCCAAAGGCUUCGUGGACCUGAGUGACUCCACUCAAGUGAACAACUACUGGGCGCUGAACUUGACUUCCAUGCUCUGCCUGACUUCCAGCGUCCUGAAGGCCUUCCCGGCCAGUCCUGGCCUCAACAGAACCGUGGUUAACAUCUCGUCCCUCUGUGCCCUGCAGCCUUUCAAAGGCUGGGCGCUGUACUGUGCAGGAAAGGCUGCUCGUGAUAUGCUGUUCCAGGUCCUGGCGCUGGAGGAACCUAAUGUGAGGGUGCUGAACUAUGCCCCAGGUCCUUUGGACACAGACAUGCAGCAGUUGGCCCGGGAGACCUCCAUGGACCCAGACAUGCGGAAAGGGCUGCAGGAGCUGAAGGCAAAGGGGAAGCUGGUGGAUUGCAAGGUGUCAGCCCAGAAACUGCUGAGCUUGCUGCAAAAGGACGAGUUCAAGUCUGGAGCCCACGUCGACUUCUAUGACAAAUAAGCCCAUGUUUUUGGCUUCCUGAACCUUUUCGUCCCCACUUUCAGACAUACCCCAGAGCCCUGUGGCUCCCCACACCCUGCCAUAGGCGCAGUCCUGCCUUACACAUAGAAGCACUCAUGCCUGCUGCCCUGCCGUCAUGCACAGCCAGCUGUGAGCUCCCAGAUCUUGGCCUUACCUGUUGUCAGGAGUCUGUGCUGUGCACCCUGGAUUAUGAGGAUGGUAGGAGAGAGGUUAUGGGUAUUGGUGUCUCUAUCCCCAGGAAUAGAUAGAACUUAAGGAGUGGGAAGAGCAGGAAAAGAAGCUGGAACACACAAGAGAGGAGGUUGUGUCUCCUGCUCAUAGCAAGCCUGUGGGGAGAGGGAAGAGUGAUCUGGUGUCGAAUAGGAGGACCCAUGUAGAUUCGCAGAUGGCCUAGAUGGGAAGAAGAGCAGAUGGUACAAGUUCCAGCCCACAUAGAUGCCCCUUGCUGAGGGUAGCAGGACCUUCUUUUGAACUUUGUGUCCUCACUCUGAUGUCUCUUUCCUCCCGAAUCUACCACCCCUCCCCCAGGCUGGGAGAAGGGGCUCCUGGGUGUCUAUACAUGCCAAAGGCAGAUACAAAUAAAAUACAGAUUGUCCUUUUUU